AUGCAGCAGCAGCGGGACUUUCCUCGAGCUGAGGGGGCCCCCUAUUUGGGGCCCCCGUCGCCGCAGGCAGGUGGGGGCGUGGCUGCGGGGGGGCCUGCAGGGGAAGCUGCUGCGUGGCUGUGCAGCAGCAGCAGCAGCAGCGCGGGCUGCGGGAACAGCAGCAGCGGGAGCGCGUCCGUGUCGCCGAGCCAGCAGCAGCAGCUGCUGCUGCAGCAGCAGCAGGAGGAGGAGUGGGCAGCAGCAGCAGCAGCGCUGCCCCGCCCCGUGGACCCCCACUCCCCCCCCCUCUUUUACUUUCUGGGCGAAGCCUACAGAGAAAAUGAGUGGGUCCGUUUGAAGAGUCAAAGCAGCAAAGACUGGAUAGCGCAGAUAAUAGCCUACGUGCCUCCUGCUGCUGCUGCGGGCCCCGCAGCAGCAGCAGCAGCAGCAGCAGCAGCAGCAGCAGCAGGGAAGAUCGUGUGUCGCUGGGCCUGGGACCCGCUGGACCUGCAGGAGGAGUGCUGCCCCGACUUGCCUCUUGAGGUGUACAGCCAUGGCUCGCCCGCACGGCCUUCCCCUUCCCCCCCAGCAGCAGCAGCAGCAGCAGCACGCAGCAGCAGCAGCAGCAGCAGCAGCAGCAGCAGCAGCAUCAUCAAAGCGGCGAAGGCGAAGCAGCCCGGCAGCGCUGCCGUCAAACGGACGCCGCUGUCUCCCCGAGACGACGCAGCAAAAGCAGCAGCAGCAGCAGCAGCAGCAGCAGUGAAGCGGAGCGGGGGGGCGCCGCGCGCUGCUGCAGCUGCGGGGAGCCACCGCAAGCGGCAGCACUUGCAGCAGCAGCAGCAGCAGCAGCAGCAGCAAAGCCCGCCGCCGCUGCUGGGGACGCUCGUGCGGCAGCGGGACUGGCAGCAGGGGGCCUCGCGGCGGCUGAAGAAGCUGGAGGAGAUUUAUUACUUGGGGCUGAGUGAGCUGCAGCCGCUGCAGCAGCAGCAGCAGCAGCAGCAGCAGGAGGCGGACGCAGCAGCGGACGCCUCCCGCGGCGCUGCUGCUGCUGCGGGCGCGACGAGCCCCUCGCCGAGCACGCCCACGGGCAGCAGCAGCAGCAGCAGCAGCAGCAGCAGCAGCAGCAGCAGCAGCAGCAGCGGGUCGGCCGGCGGGACCUCCGAGGGCGCGAGCUCGCCUGCGCAGCAGGGCGCGCGCAGCGCAGCGGCCGCGGGGGCGGGCGACCCCGAGCAGCAGCAGCAGCAGCAGCAGCAGCAGCAGCAGCAGGGGGCGGGGGGAGGCGGGAGGGAGCAGGUGAAGUACGCGUCUGCUGCUGCGUUUGCUGCUGCAGUGCAUGCAGCGUUCUGGGGCUGCUGCGGGUCGUGGGCCCCGCGGCUGCGGCAGCAGCGGCUCUACGAGCUGCUGGCCAACCUGCGCAGAGCCAACAGCAAAGAGCUGCGGCGCAAAGUGCUGCUGGGCGAAAUGAGUUUGUCUUCUUUGCUGGCAGCAGAUGCAGACACGUUGGCUCCUGCUGCAGUGCAGCAGCAGCGGCGAGCGGAGCGGGAGCGGCACUUCCGGCGGGCCGUGCUGCUGACGGAAACUGUGGGGCCCGAUUUGCUGCUGAAGAAGACGCACAAGGGCCUCGAGGCUGUCGGCGACGAGUUGCUGCUGCAGCAGCAGCAGCAGCAGCAGCAGCGCCGCAGCCCGCCCCCCCGCAAGCGCCCCCGCGACCGCCCGCCCCUCCGCCGCGCACCCGCCGCCAGCAGCAGCAGCCGCAGCCCCAGCAGCAGCAGCAGCAGCAGAAGCGACAGCGACAGCAGCAGCCAGCCCUCCGGCGCCGACUCCAGCGGCAGCGGCGCGGACAGCAGCAGCAGCACCACCAGCAGCAGCAGCAGCGCCGACGAGGCGCACACGGACAAGCCGCCCAGACGCAGCAGCAACGCCGCGCCUCCACCAACGCAACGCGCGGCCAACACUGCUGCUGCUGCUGCU